GAUACUAUUAAAAUAAGUAUAUAAAAACCAGUUAAAGUAUACACGAUGCAAUGGGUUUUGUGUUCCCAGUAGACGAAGAGUGAAUGCUUCUUCAACUUUAGCACCUCUUGGGCGGCAUCGAGGUGUAUCACAAAGCGAGCGCUCAUUUCGUGGAGGAAGAACAACAAUAUACAUGAGAAACAUCUGGUCAACGAAGUCAGCGGGAAUCGGAGUGCAGUACUAUGACUGACCGAGGAGCAGCUUCCUAACAGCAUACACAGCGCAGUGUUACUUGUCGUUAUUCUAUGUUGGGAUAAAUGACAAUCAACAACUCGUUGCUAUCCCAGAUACUGUUGCUGGAACUCUUCCUAUUUGCAAGUAUACCAGACCUAGCGGUCUCCAGCGCUUUAGAAGUUGCUCCAAGAGAGCUAUUUAAACAGGCAGGAUUGCUUGGGCCAACAUUUGGUUCUCAAAAGUGCGUUUUUGUGUUGGCAACCGGGCGGUCUGGUUCAACAGCGCUCAUGGACGCCCUGAAUCAGAUUCCCAACUACCUCAUUCGUGGAGAGCACUGGUCUGCUUUCUGGAACCUAUAUAGUGCUUACCUGCGACUGAAGGAGGUUAAGUUUGGCCCCGGGCAGGAGCUGUUUGAGUGGCCCAAACAUGCAAACGACGGCGCCUCGGAAAUAAAGCAGGCGUACGAGCGACAUGCGCCGAUAACACGGCUGCCGUUGUUUAGCGAAAUCAUGGACGAUCGCAUUAUGCUGGCGACGCGCAUGUACUACUCUGUGUUGUACGGACAUUACGGGGAAGGUACCGUGUCGGGUUUCAAGGAGAUCCGCUACGUGUGCGGGACGUACUUUGGCCACCGAGCCACGUGUACUGAAAACUUCCACGCCUUCACUCGUUUCCUGCGGGGCUUGUGCGGCGAGGUCAAGAUGAUUUUCAACACGCGCUACACACCCUCCCUGGAGCAGAACGCCAAGCUCUUCUACAUGGACAACACCACCGUCGGCCGCACCGCGAACACCUUCCAAGACGAGCUGGUGCAGACGCACGCGCUGUUCGAUGAAUACACCAAGAAUAACCCCGACCACGCGUUCCGAGUGUACCUGCGCGACAUGUACGACCCCAAGAGGAACUGGACGCUGGCUCAGAACCUGCUGCAGUUCCUGGGCGAGAAGCAAAACAUACCCAUCAGGUUCAACAGAAUGCCGGGCUGGCAGCCCGGCAGGUAGACAUGCUGACAUGCAGGCCGGCAGGCGAAGCAAUAGCAUAGAUGGGUAACGCGGGAGCAUCAGGGGCAGCCAAUAAAGGCUGGAAAGCGCUGCUCUCUGCGGCAAGCUGAGGUGAGACGUGUAGAGCGGUGGGCGAGGUGGCCUGGAGAGUGCGUAGGUAGCGUGUGUAGGGGGAUGAGGCAGUCCAGGUGAGCUAUGUAGGCUGGAGGAGGAUGAGGCAGUCCAGGUGAGCUAUGUAGGCUGGAGCACAGGAGCCUUGACGGGGUUGCACGGGUGUGGUGUGGUGUGGUGUUUUACUUUAUUGCACUGGUCGCAAAGAAGUGAAGAGGAGGCGGAUUGUGGGGGUUAUAUAUGCCAGCAGGGCGGUGGGGGACUGGGGGGAAACCCGGCAGGGCGGUGGGGGACUGGGGGUGCAUGCGCGUUCACGGUGUCAUGCCAUGGGUGUGAUGUGGUGCCAGAGAUUUAGACAGGCAUGUAGAAAUGAUGUGGCAGUUACCUCACAACGCCUCACAAUGCCUGUGAAAAGCGAGGAGGUGGUGUGGCAGGGUGGAGGAAGGGUGCACAAUGCAACUGUCUGCAAUACUGACGCUGCGCAACUGUGCAACCGAUGAAAACACAAAGGGUUUAACCAAUUCUGUUUAUGACUUUUCAAGUGGGUUAUUGAUAUACGACACGGACAAUGUAUGGGUACUGUAUGGCCGAAUGAGAACUGCUUGGCAAGUUAAAGUUGAUCGGAGAAGCUCGCGUUCCCGCACCGCAGCUAGAUAGCGGUCGUGGGGCAGCAGGCGGCUGAAAAAUGCCAAGUCCCUGGAGAGGACGGAGGGCCUAUGGAGAAAACGGUGUGUAGUACCAAGUGGCAAGCAGGUGAACGACAUGGAUGUAUGGGAUGACGGGAGCGUUGCGGCGUACAGGGGGUCGGGAG